CACACACACACACACACACACACAGACACACAUGCUCACUUACAGACCCUAAUGCACAGGCAUAUCCACACACAUAUACUACACAGUGUAUUUAUGUUUAUGACACCCACAGACAGGCUUCCAUUAUUAUGUGUGGGUAGGAGAGUCCAAGCCUUGCGCAAGAAGAAUACAUCAAAAGUCUAUGUAUCCGGUUGAGUGAGGCUUCAUUUAUUUCCUCUUAUACAGCAGAUUCUGGUUUCUAACCCAGGCUUGGUGUUGUUUCCCCCCAGCUGCUCUGCUCUAACAUAAUAGGACUGCUGGAUCCAAGCUUAUGAUAGCAGUUAAAUGCUGGGUAAUGGGCGCAACAACAGCUACUGGCAGCUGGAGGGGCGAUGGGGGGAUGUCCGUGUGUGUGUGUGUGUGUGUGUGUGUGUGUGUGUGUGUGUGUGUGUGUGUGUGUGUGUGUGUGUGUGUGUGUGUGUGUGUGUGUGUGUGUGUGUGUGUGUGUGUGUGUGUGUAAGAGAGAGAGAGAGAGCUAUGUUCAAAUUUGAGUCAUCAUCCCUUUGAAAAGCAAUAUACCUUCCAGAGAUACCUCAUUACAGUUAAACCUUUCACAGAACAGCACCUCCUUCUCUCUGAACUAUGGCCCAGCUGUCCUAUUUCGUUACCAUAAUUUCUCUAUCAAACCUCCUGCUCCUGUUCUGUGAUGAUUCCUUAAAUUGCAGUGACAAAGAAUAUGCCUGGCCCAUGGACACUAGUCAACGCUGCUGUUUGAGAUGUCCACCAGGUAAAUUCCUGCUGGCACGAUGUUCCUCUAGCUCCAAUGAGACCGGAUGUAAGUCCUGUCCUACAGGCCAGUAUACAGACUCCUUCAAUCUGGAGCCCAGCUGCCCCUUCUGUGACUCCUGUGACAACAGCUCCCGGCUGGAAGAGGAGUCCUCCUGCCAGAUCAUAUCCAACACGAAGUGCCGCUGUCAGCUGGGAUUCACCUGCAAAUCAAAGGAGUGCCAGGAGUGUGAAACGAUACCAAACUCAACCCCGCCAACCCCCAACCUGUGGUCGUUGGUGAACGGAUGGACCCUCCUAGCGACAGGAUUACUGCUGCUCGUGUUCCUGUGUUACUUCCUCCGCAUCAAGAUCAAGAGCGGCGCCUCUCUGUGCAAGAGCACAGGUCAUGAUGCAAUUGAAAGUGCAGAAGAAGAAAAUGAAUUCCUGCCCGUCCAAGAGAUGUGUGGCAAACAUGAACAACAAAUGGUGGACGUUUGAAGAGAGGAAGGAAUGUUUGCACUGAGUGACGGGGUUUCCCACACACGCACACAAGAAAGAGCCCAGUUGCGGGUGUCACCAGCAGAGAGAGUGCCACAGAGAAACACGACCAGGGACAAUUACCAAAGAUCAUUACCAUGAGCUACACAGGAAAGGGAAGGAUAGGAAUUCGGGAAGGAUAGGAAGGGUAGGAAUUGGGGAAUUGGGACAGAGGAAUGUUUACUUACACACUAAGGAAGGGGCCUGGCUGCCAAAAAGUACUUGGAAACCAAUCAAAGGUGUAUGGGUGGUUUUUCGGUUGUCAGACAGGAAAUAAAGAAACAAUGGUGAUGUUGAAUGUGAUGCUAAUACAAGAAAGAUAAGGAAUGGAUCAGAUUAGAACAGAGUACAAUGUCUUGGUUUACGUUAUUAGUAAACAUUACUUACAUGCAAUGUCAAAUACCUUUUGUAUAAUUAUUUGGUUCUGAGGGAUGUCUCAUCUACUGAUAAAUUGUUUUACAAAAAAAUAGUAAUAUUUGUUAAAUUGCAAUCUCUUGAUCAUUCAUUCACAUUAUUUUAUCCCAUUUUGUUUUCCUGGAGGCUCUUUCAGAGCACUGUUCAGAACCUCUUCAUCCCGACCGAACCCAGAACCGGGCCACCAUCCCGUGUUUGUAUAGUAGCUAAAAGGUGUUUAUCUUCAGGCAGAAAAACAGGUCUUUGUCGACAUCUUGUGUUGGCAUGAUGCAAUUGCAACGGUGUGGCUUGGCGUCAUCUAUUCGUGCUGACCUUUCAGUAGAGGGGUCUUAUGUCAAAAUUGAAGAAUGGGCUCUUGGAAUAUUAACCUGUUAGUAUCUCAUAUCGUCUCAUCAUAUUUGUAUUGCAUACAUAUAUAGUUUUUCAUUUGUUUGAGUUGGCUUUAUUGUUUUUAUUUGGAGACUCCACCAUAAUGUUUAAUAGCCAUUGCAUAUUGUCUAUGGAAAAGUCAAUGCCAUUGAAUUAAUAUCAUAGCAAUAUUGUUCUUUGAAAAUAAUAAUAAAGUAAACUGAAUUUA